UUUUUUGUUGUUUUCCUCCCUUGUUUUGUUUGCAGAUGGCGCUGUGUGUCUCCCCCAAAUUCCGCCAGUCUUGUGUUGUUUGGCGAAACUUGUUGCAUUAUUAUCAUGUCGACUUCCUCAGCCGUUGCUGUUCUUCUGCUUCUUCUUCCCUGCACUAAGGCCUCAUUCCUUCAUAGAACCGUUUAUUCUCGAUAGGAACAGUUUUAAGUCAUGCCAAAACGAAAGCCCAGCAAAGUUGAAGUAACAUCGGAUGACAGCGACCACUCCCCACUCGAAAGUGAAGAUGGAGACAUGUUGUCUCAAACCAGGGUUACUCGUCGGUCUUCAGGUUUGCAGAAGACCAGUGUAGAGAGGAAGAAAAAGAGAGUGCAGUCUGAGUCCAGCAGUGAUACGGAGUGUGACCCAAACGGUCAGAUAACUUCAAAAGAGGAUAAGAUUACAAAUGCCAAGCUCCAGGCACUCUAUGGGCUUGCAGAGAAACGGGCUACACCUCUUACAGAUUACAAUGAGAAUUCCAGAUGUCCAUUCCCAGGAUGUGAUUCAAGAGGUCACAUGACUGGCAAGCAUGAAACACAUCGGACCAUAUCAGGAUGCCCUCUCUACCACAACACCACCGCUGACGAGUGUAAAAAGCGAUUUGAGGAAAGACAAAAAUCUUCUGAAGAGAGAAAGAAAAUUGUGAAAAACCUAAAUGAACGGCGAGACCUUCGACGGCAACAACCAACAGAAGAACAGAAAGAAAAAGCUCAAAAAGUAAUAGAAAUGAGGAAGAAAGGCAAUGUUGCUUUGACACACGACCUCAAAGCUGAACAUCUUCUACACAGGACAAAGAAUGGUCGAACAAGGGAACCGUUGUUGAAGGGGCUUGCAUCACAAUAUGAUUUACAGCUUUUCCGAGAGGCUCAAGCUCGCGCAUGUGAACAGAUGGAACAUGAAAUGACACAGCAUUAUCAGCUCAGUGAUAUUCAAGAAUACCGGAUAAAAAAGUUGGAAAUUGGCCGCUUUGAAAUGAAUACCUGGUAUUCUUCUCCAUAUCCUGAUGAAUAUGCCCGCCUUCCAAAAGUUUACCUCUGUGAAUUCUGUUUGAAAUAUAUGAAAACGGCUACUAUUUUACGCCGACAUUUGGCGAAAUGUGUUUGGCGGCAUCCCCCUGGUGAUGAGAUUUAUCGUAAAAACAAUAUUUCAGUGUUCGAAGUAGAUGGGCAGAAAAAUAAGGUUUAUUGUCAAAAUCUAUGUUUGUUAGCUAAACUGUUUUUAGACCAUAAAACCCUGUACUUCGAUGUUGAGCCCUUCUUAUUCUACGUCAUGACUGAAAAUGAUUCCAGUGGAUGCCAUAUCGUUGGCUAUUUUUCAAAGGAAAAAAAUUCCUUUUUGAAUUACAAUGUAUCUUGUAUCCUCACACUUCCACAAUUCAUGCGUCAGGGCUAUGGCAAAAUGUUAAUAGAUUUUAGUUAUUUACUGAGCCGAAUGGAACAGAAGAUAGGAUCACCUGAGCGUCCACUCUCUGAUCUUGGGCUUAUUAGCUACCGUAGCUACUGGAAAGAGGUUCUGUUAAACUAUUUGCACCGAUAUAAAGCUAAUGAAAUAUGUAUCAAAGACGUCAGCCAAGAGACAGCCAUCAAUGCCAAUGAUAUAGUCAGUACGUUGCAAGCACUUGGAAUGUUGAAAUAUUGGAAAGGAAAACAUUUAGUUCUGAAAAGACAGGAUCUGAUUGAUGAAUUCUUGGAGAAAAAAUCAAAACGUCCGCCAGACUUCAAGACCAUUGACUCCAAUUGUCUCAAGUGGACAGCUCCUGCAAAACGUCCGCUUCAAGUUUGACACUUGCACCGACUGCAAGAUUCGCAAGACCCUUGGUAUAAUUUCUGUUUAGCUGGAGGGCAGAAUGGGUGGGUGGGUGGUGCUGGUGAUUGGUGACAUAUCAGCCCUGGGGAAGUACAUUCCAACUGUUACUCAGAUUCUGACUUCAUUUCUGAUCCCUUUUUUUGUUUUUUUUUCAAUACACCAGAGUCAAGCGUGUGUAUGUAGAAACUUGUAUAUGACUUUGUGUAUGUGAUAGAAAGGAUUAUACACUGUGUGUAUAUGGAUAUAUACAUACAUGCACACAUAUUUUUGUGUGUGUGUAUGUGUAUGUAUGUAUAUAUAUAUACAUAUAUAUAUAUGUGCAUGUGCGUAUAAAGUGUUGGCAUAGCAAUCUCAUGGUUCCUGGUUCAAUCUCACCACAUGGCACCUUGGGCAAGUGUCUUCUAUAACCUCGAGUACAAUGCAGAAGCCUACUGUACACAAAUAUAUAAUGUGUGUGUCUGUCUGUUUAUCUGUUUUGUGUGUUUAUGUUUGCACUUGUCUGAAAACCGGUAUUGUUUAUGUCAUCUCCCUUUGUGUCCUAUAACUUAGCAGUUCUGCAAAUAGAUAUCGACAAAAUACCAGACUGAAAUAGUGCUACAGUCAAUACGCUUGACUAAAACACUUGAAGGCAGUACUCCAGCAUGGUCACAGUCCAGUGAUUGAAACCAGUAAAAGAAUAAAUACAUACACAUAAUGUAGAUGUGUGUAAAUAGAUAAAAAUAUGUAUGUAUAUUUAUGUGUGUAUGUGUAUAUAUAUAUAUAUAUAUAUAUGCGUGCGUGUGUAUAUGCAUAUGCACAUGUGGAUAAUAUAUAUUUAUAUAAAAUAGCAAUUUAAUAUUCACAAAAGAUGUGUAAAUAUUCCUCUAUAUGUAUAAUACUUGCAUUGGUGCUUGUACAUACAUACACACACACACACAUAUAUAUAUAUACUUACACAUGUAUAUGUGUUUGUGUGUAUAUAUAUAUAUAUAUAUAUAUAUAUAUAUAUAUAGGCAGAUAUGCAUACACACAUUCAUCCAAACAUAUAUAUACUACAACAUACGCCCACAUAAUCUAAUUGCUUUGAUCUCAUUGCACAUAUGUGUGCAUGCAUAUACACACAUCUGCGUGUGUGCAUAUAUAUAUAUACACACGUAUAAUGUGUAUGGUUUUAGCCGGUUAGUUGAUGGUGUGUGUGUAUAUAUCUAUAUAUGUAUAUGCACAGAUGUGCAUGUAUAUGUAUGUUUGUGUGUGUAUAUGUAUACUAUAAUAUAUUACUUCCGUAAUUAUCAAGGGAAGAUGAAUAUCAGCUGUCAGUUUGGCGUGUAAAUAAGAAAAGAUUGAAUAUUGAACUUUAAGAAACAGUCUGGAAGUGUUGUCUCUUUCUAGGCCAAAAUUGAUGAAUGGGAAAAGGCCAGCUGUAAGAGAGAGAAGGAGGGAAUGGAAGGUGGACCUGAAAUGAUGAUAAUGGUUUGAUUGGAACAUUUCUUUACAGCCUGAAAGAUAAGGAAGAUGUCAGAGCACUGACUGAGCAAUGGUCUUUGAAUCUCAUUUGUUUCUUUAUUUUAGGGGUUAGGGUACUUUUAUAUUUUUACAAGAGAAUGCUUAGGGUUCCAUUGUUUUACUAGGAUUCAUAUCUGUGAGUGUAUGUACAUAUACAUAUACAUACAUACACAUACAUCUGUGUGUGUGUAUAAUUACACAUGUAUGUUGUUUCUUUUGCAUUUCAAACAUUACAAGUGAAAUUGUUGUGAUGAUGCCAUCUUGUGAUACCAGUUUACCUCUUGUCGACUUGGCUGUUUCUUCAUUCUGUCAACCACAACAGAGAUAGCUGCUAAAUAUGUUUACUGCUUAUCAUCACAUCUAUUCUUUCUGACGAUUCUAAGUUCACAAUGAAACUUUACAAAAGACAUUAACGCUUACAUGCUCGUCAAAACUUGUGUGCACCAAUGUCCCAGUCAAACUCAUUGGAAAAACUACCAAAGGGUACUGGAACUUCAGUGAAAUUGCCUGGAGCUAAAAUAUUGAGAGUUCAAGUGUUAGUUUGAAGCUGUAAGAUCUCAGCUAGAUUUGGUUGAAUCUAGUAUUGAGAUCUCCAAGUGCACAAGAGUAAUUAAGAUUAUGAGCACUAAUGAAAAAACAAGGAGUAGAUGAUUAUUUGAAGAAUAGGGCUUUGUUUUUCAUUUGAAGGGGUGAUUAAAUCACAUGACUGGUAUCUUCAAUUUAUUGAAGGAUAAAAUAUUUAUUUUACACAAUAACAAGGCUAAUAAAGUCUUUAUUAGUUUAUUAAUAAUGAAAUUCCUUUCAUCCACUGGCAAUUAGCUGUAUUGACUCCCUGUCGUGGAGAGAGGUGUCCGUGGGGCCAUUCUGGCCUUUCCCAAAUGCAUCAUUGACAGUUGUUACUAGGCAUUGAAUUCCAGGAGUAAAACUAACUUUUGCUCACCACUUCCACUUCAGUACUUGCCUCCUCUUGUGGUGUAUUCACCUGAUUAUAGCCCAUCCUCAUCCGAAAGUAAUGAUGGGCAAAGUUACUCCCAGUGAAAUUUGAAGACCACCACAAUCAGAGAGUUAAAAACAUGGCUCUAAUCUCCAUGCUGGACUCUGUUGUGAUUCUAUCUUCAUUAAGAAACAGUUAAUGAGCUUUUUAACAAUGGAAUACAUAAUCAUUUAAGUUGGUAAAACCAAAACUGUCCUGUGAUGUAAGAUUAAUAAUUUAUUUCUGACAAGGUGUUAUUUUAAUAGAGAACAAAACCCCUUACCGUAAACCCCCCACCCAUUGUUAUGUCUUCUGUUACCAUAGUCAUCUAUAUUAUUGUGUGGUUAGGGAUAUACGCCACCCCCCUCCAUCAAAUGUCACCUCUUGAAUGAAUACUUAAUGGCUGACUGGUAAUAGUUCUCAGUGGUGUGAAGGGCAGGGGUUUUUCGCACUCCCUUUAAACCUGCUGUCAGCAUUGGUGUUAAGAGUUACGGUAUAGCUGCAAAACGCCUGGUCUGUGGCACCAUUUGCUUCAAUCAUCUGUUUCUGACAUCUCCGUCAUGGGUGGAUCUGUUCUGUGACGAAGUUCUCCGGUUUUCCCCAACCCCCCGAAAAAAAAUUUUUUUUCACUCACCACCCUUUCCUUGCAUCUCUUUUGUAUUUGGUCAACGAUUACAAAAAAAAUUUAAAUAAAAGCACAUACACACAUAUUUAUAUAUAUAUAUAU